CUUACUUACGAAAUCAUGCUCGGCGAUUUACAGGCAAUCAAUGCCAACUCGGUCUCAUUCUCUGCUCCAAGGAAAGACAAUGUAUCCUUCCGUCUUCAGCCUGUUUCCCAGAGAUUUUCUGUUCGCUGUGCUGCCAAAAAGGAGACAGUAGAAAAGGUUUGUGAUAUUGUGAAGAGCCAGCUUGCGCUUGCUGAUGACACUGUAGUUUCUGGCUCCUCUACAUUUGCUGAUCUUGGUGCCGAUUCCUUGGACACGGUUGAGAUUGUCAUGGGCCUCGAGGAGGCUUUUGGAAUCAGCGUGGAGGAGUCGAGCGCGCAGACCAUCGCAACGGUGGAAGACGCCGCCAACCUCAUUGACAGCCUUGUUGCAAACUAAACAUAUUUCCUGGCAAUAAUGUGCUACCCACUGCAACCGUUGCUGCUGGAGAUGGAUCCCAUUUGACGUGCUAGAUUUUACUGUGGAGAGUCGGUGACAUCUGUAUCAGUGUUUUUGCCUGUCUUGCGAUAUUACGACAUUAUUUAUUAAGCGGUUGUUGAAGGAAUUUUUUCUUGUUGAAGCUGUGUUGGAGACUGAUUUCAGAGGGUCUGAACAUGAUGUGCUGGAAGUAACUACUCCCAUCUUUUUUGGUUCAAAUCUACACCUUGUGUUCUAGAGCAAACGAUCGUUUAUAA